ACGGGAUUGUCUCUAUAAGAUGAUAAAUAAAAGUAUAAAUAAGCUACUAACAUGAUUAUCUGCCGAUUCAAGUUAUAAAAAUUGGAUGAGAGCAUUAUUAAUGAGCAUAUUAUAACUGUAUGUCGAUUCGAUACGUCGAUACUAACACGCUUCACAACGAAUUCUAUAGCACUAGCAAGUAGCAACGUGGAUCGACGUCACCUUUGCUUUUGUAUAUCAACUUUUUUGUUCGACUAAUAUAAAGUCUUAAAGUAUAGUCGAUUGCCGAUCAGUGUCAAGUAGGGUCGGCUGCUGACCUUAACUUUAGUGUUAACUUUUAGGUUAUGUUUAUGUUAGUUCAAGGUUAAUAAAAUAAUUUAUCAUUAGCAUAGCAAUUUAAAGAGAGUUUUAGUGAUUCAUGUGAGAAAUAUAUCAGUGAUGGUAAAAUGAGAGCAGCGAAAUUGUAAGCACAUUCAAACAUUGGACAUUAUCAUUCUCGGUGACUGACUUUCACAACUUUGCAGUCGUGAAGCGCUGUUCCGUACUUGUCCACUUUAAUUUACUUUGUCAAAAAUUUAAAAAUGAACGGACAUAGUAGUGAUCUAGUGCCGAUAGCAAAAGUCCCACACAAUGAAAGGAUUCAGAAGAUUAUUGAAGAAUUUCACAAUGAGUAUGGAUGCCAACCAACGUUUGUAGCUCGAGUUCCCGGCCGUGUUAAUUUAAUCGGUGAACAUAUUGAUUAUUGUGGCUAUCCGGUGUUGCCUAUGGCUUUGGAACAAGAUAUUUUAGUGGCGGGAAGUUUGAUUGAAGAAUAUAAAUUAUGUAUACGAAAUGCAAAUCCGAAAUACGAGAGUUUAGAAUUAGAAAUAACUGCGAAUGAAGAUAUUACGAUCAAGGCUGAUAAAGAUGGGAAGCCUUAUUGGUUCAAUUACGUUUUGUGUGGAAUAAAAGGAGCAUUAGAACAUUUAAACAAUGAAGUUUCCACUGGACUUAAACUUUACAUUGACGGCAAUAUUCCACCCGCUUCAGGAUUGUCGAGUUCUUCGGCUUUGGUCAGUGCAGCUUGUCUAGCAUUUUUGUAUGCUCAUAAUGCAACAUUAAAUAAAACUGAUAUAGCGUCUUUAUGUGCGAGAUGUGAACGUUACAUUGGAACACAGGGAGGCGGAAUGGAUCAGGCUAUUGCAUUUUUAGCAGAAAAAUAUUGCGCGCAAUACAUAACGUGGAAUCCUCUAAAAGCUACAAAAGUUAUCUUGCCAGAAGAGGCAACUUUCGUUGUGGCGCACAGUUUAGCGGAAAUUAAUAAAGCCGCAACUAACGAUUACAACAGAAGAGUAAUAGAAUGUCGCCUUGCCAGUAAAAUAUUAGCUUUAACGCAAGAUAACAUUAAAGAUCACAGUAUAAUAAAUUUAAGUCAAGUACAAAAAAUGUUAGAUAAAACUUUGGAAGACAUGGUAGCAUUAGUUUAUCAACGAUUGCCAAAAAUGAUUUACACUAAAGAUGAAGUAUGCAAAAUAUUAGAAAUCACCGAAGAAGAAAUGGAUGAACGGUACCUGACGCCAAACACGAGGCAUUUGACAGAGUUCAAGCUCAAACAAAGAGCUCUGCACGUAUAUGAAGAGGCUAAUAGAGUAGAAAAAUUUCGUAAAACAUGUAUGCAAUCAAUGAAUGGCAAGGCUAACGGAUCGAAUAAUAACCAAACUCGUUCCUCUGGUGACGAAAACGAGACACUGAAUUCUUUAGGAAAUUUAAUGUCAAACAGCCAUGAAAGUUUGAAAUCUCUAUACGAGUGCUCUCAUAAAAAUUUAGAUCUAUUAGUAGAUAUAUCGAGUAAAUUUAAUGUUCACUCUAGGCUGACGGGUGCAGGUUGGGGCGGUUGCAUCGUCGCAUUGUGCCCAAAGGAUAAAGUUAAAGAAUACAUUGAAAUGUUAGAAAAUGAAUAUUACGUGAAACACUGUAACAUCGAGAAGAAUAAAGCAAAAUCGUACAUAUUUGCUACUAUGCCCAAUUACGGUGCAAUAGUUUAUGUAACUAAAUAACUUUGAUUUUGUUUACUUCUCACUAUAAAUUAUUUUAAUAUUAUGUAGUUACCUAUUAAUUUGUUUCGAUUCAUCACUAAUAUUCGAGUAAUAUUGUACAUUGUUGUUCGGGAGUACAAGUUAUUAUCUAGAACCAGCUGAUAACCAUAUUAUACAAACUCGUAGUUAAAUACUUAUGUAGGAAAUUAUUUUUAUAUACAUAGCGUAGUUUAUUUUAAGUUUAUAUUGGUAAAAUGUUCAGUAUAUCUUAAUUAGUCACACUUGCCGACCUACCAGAUAUUGUCGUGCCCCUACAUUAACUUAUGAUAAUAAUACACAUAUAUUUUAUUUUAAAAAAGUUUUGCGUGUUCUGGGUGAGUGAAAAAAAAGUAUUCUGAUGUGCAAUAAAUAUUAUAAAAAAAAAUAAUACACGAUCGCAACGACAUCUACAAGGUUCAAUUAUAACUAUAACCUAUAUACAAAAACCCUUACCUACGUUAACCCUGAACUCAAAUGUACGUAAAAAAAAUCAUCAAUAUCGGUGUAACCAUUCUCAAGUGGUAUGGUUAAUGCAAUAUUUGGCUUUUUAUUUGUAGUUUAAAGUUUGUAACAAUAGUACCACAAUGCUUUGUUGUUGUUUGUAACUAGGUACGGAAAUUGUACCUAUUAAGUAAUAUAAAAAUACAGUAGCUUACUUACCUACAUAUAAUAUGAUU